GGCGGCCCCCCGCUGUUGGUCGGGUCCGAACGAAGGUGCGCGCGCAGCAGCAGCAAGGCCCUUGCGGAGGCCCAGGCGAGCCGGUGCGUGGCUUGGUCGGCGCCCCGGAUGAGAAUUGCCGACCCUAGGCAGGACAGCCAGGCCAGGGCGCUUAUUUUGGGUGACCAAGUGCGGCGCCCGGCCGGACGCUCCGGCCCUCAACGGCCCCCGCCCGGCAUUUUUGUCCAUGGCGCGGCGGGGCGAAGGCGCGCCGCCGUGGCCUCUUCACAGUGUGUUACUUAAUUUUUUGACCGCCGUCAGGAAGGGCGGCGAAAGCGGGCGGUUGCGAGGCGCCAUGGCUCAUUGGCAUACGAACUCUGUGACCGCACUGCGCGACGAAGGCUGGCUGGCAGCGAAAUCGGGGGAAUAGCACCAAAAGGUGGCGAGGC